GGCGGGGCUUGGCGGGGAUGUGACGAUUGAUGAGCGGGCUCAAGGGUUGGUGAAUUGAGUGAUGUGUGUUCUUGAUCCUGGUGUCGCUUUUAAGGCCUUCGUCAGUGUGAUAAGCGCUGACAGCAAUAAAGUUCCGAAGGGCUUGUAGCCGGGAGAGUAUUAUUAUUUCCCUUUGUUGUGCUCGGUGAAGCUACGGUGUGGAGCUGACGUUUAGUCGGAGGCUAAGGUUAGAGCAGGCCCUUUCUUUACUGCUCAGCAUGUUAGCUCAACCCCUCUGCAGCGUAGCCCCCCGUUUGCAACGUGUAAUUGGGUCUCUGUUUACUCACCAAGGUACAUCGAGGCUUUUACCAUGUUGCGUUGCCCCACAGUUGUGCACCUCGUCAAAAUAUUUAAUGUCAACGGAGUACAAACAGAAUGAUGGAAACAAGAGGAAAACAUCAAACGCUCAACACGAAAGAACUCACAGGGGCGACACCGGCUCUUCAUUUUCUUUAUUUACAGCCGGGGCAGCCAGAAAAAGAGCAGAGAUCUCAAAAAAGCAAAUCGGCGGCACAUUGGCUGAUGCUUCAACACUAGCAAAAGUUGCAAAAACGGGAGUUCCAACAAAGCCUUUAAGUAUAGAUGAAUGGAAGGAAUUGAAAACAGGAUCAUACAAUAAAACUCGUUUUGAAGUAAGCAUGAUGGAAAAGCUAUUGUCUACUCGUGCUGAUGUUGAUGUGGCUAAAUCACUAUUAGUUUUUGUGACAAUGGAAACUGGCACUGUUGAGUAUGAACUCCUUCUGAAGUACUUAGUAUUGUGUGUCCAAGAACAGCAUCUGAGUGAGGUGCUUGAUUUAUAUGUCAUCAUGAAAACUAGAUUCAAAGUAUUGGACGUUGGAGCUUACAGCCUCUUCAUCAGUGGCUUUAGUAAGACAGAUCAUUGGAGGGAGGCUGUGAUGUUUUUAGAUUCAAUCAAAAAAAUGAUUAACCCAUCACCAAGGAAUUAUGGAGAUAUCAUUAUUUCUGCACUCCAGCAUAAAGAAGUAGAAACUGCUUGGAGGUUAUUUAAAGAGAUGGAAGGCAAAAACUUAAAACCAAAUGAGGAUGCCUUACAAGCAUUUUUUGAAUGUGGCAAGUCAUUUUAUGAUGAUCAAUAUGAAAAAAAGAUGAUGUAUAUCCUUUCUUAUCUGAGAGACAAUCAGAUUUACCCUGGGGAACAUUUACUGCACAGUAUUCAUUCAUGGUUUGAGAGCAUUCCAGGCAACAGAUGGGAAGGGCAUGUCACAACUAUAUUACACAGUGGGGAAUGCCAUGUAUGCAACACGUUACUAGAAUCCAUCCAGCUGAGUGAGGAAGAGUACAGCAUAUUACAAGAGUGUGUGAUGAAUAAUAUCAUUCAAGGGACAGAUGUUUUUAAAAAGACAACUCCUGAGGAACUGCAACAUUUCCAAACCUUUGUGAAAAACCGUCUGCCUUUUGAUGUUGUAAUUGAUGGAUUAAAUGUUGCUAACAUCGCAGCUAAGGGUAAUCAGUCCAGAAUUCUUCUUGAUGUAGUUUCUCACCUUGCACAUCAAAACCUGCGCCUCCUUGUCCUUGGACGCAAGCACAUGCUACGGGGAACACACAGCUGGGACAAAGGUCACAUGGCUAUCAUACAGAAGUAUGCUGAUUGCUUCUUCACAGCAAAUAUUUCUGAAGAUGAUCCUUUUCUGUUAUAUGCAACUAUACAUUCAGGCAAUCGUUGUAAGUUCCUUAGUAGAGACCUCAUGCGGGAUCAUAAAGCUUGUUUGUCUGACAAGAACACCCGAAGACUAUUCUUCAAGUGGCAACGUGGACACCAACUCGUGUUGUCCAGAUAUAAUGCAGGGCACAAGAUGAAAUUUGAGAUCAUACCAAAAUAUGACACUAUAGUACAGACAACAGAUGAUACUUGGCACAUACCAUAUGAUGAAGAGGGAGUAGAGAGGUGUUCCUAUGAAGUUCCACGUAAAUGGUUGUGUCUUCGAAGACAUAACUGAAGAGAAUCAGUGGCUGGACAUUCUGAUGCUACCUGUUUCCUAUGUUUUUGUUUUCAAAAAAGUGUUCUUCAUUUUUACAUUUAAUAUUUAUUUAGACAUCUUGGAAUGUUUUAUUUUGUUUCUUAAUUUUCUUCUACAUUUUUUGCCUUUUCUUCAAAAAGCUGUGACUUGUGUUUCAACGUGUAUUUCCAGGUGGUAAUAGCUUCUGCUGCCUCAGCCAAAUAGCCAUUCUUCCUGUGUCAGCCUAGACAGCUUCAGCGGUCGUUUUGAACCUGGAGAAAAAACCAACACGAUCCCCACAUAAAACAUGCACAUUCAACAUCCAGCUUAGCUUAAUGGAUCGUAAUCAUGAGUGACAACCCUGUCUCCUUUUGAAAUUUGUUAUCUCAUUGCCUUUAUCUCUCCCCACAAACAGUCAAGUAGUUUAAACAAUAUAAAAAAGGUUCAAGAAAAUUCUGAUCAACAAAGUUCAAUACAUGUAGUGAUUUAUGGUAGUCCCUGUCAAGGUGUCCUGGCUGAGUUCAGCUGGCUCAGUACAGAUAAAGAUUCAAAACUUAUUGGUCCAUAUAGCCUAAUAACCACAUCAUGUAUCAAUGUGUCACCGGGGGAAUCUGGACAUUAAUUAAUCUUUUAGUUACAUUUUUGAAUUAAGCAUUCAAUGUAUUUGUCGCUUAGGCAGCACAGAGCUUCUGUGAUGUAGAUGAUCUGUAGGUAGGUAAAAUACAAAAUUUUAGACUUUUCACAUUCAAGUUAAAGAUAACAAUUCUUGUUAUCCUUAGAUGAGAUAACAGGAAUGCUUUACUUCUUAAAAAAAUGUUGAUUCUUUUAAAAUGUUUUUGGGUGAUUUUGGUUGAAGAAUCAUGAUAUUAAUGAUUCCCAGAUUAAUGUGGAAAAUUUAAGCAUGCAGCUUCUUCGAAUAGAUUUGUAUCUUAUGCCUCUUAAUGAAAUGAUUUUUUCAAGUUUCAUUAGAAUUAGCUGCUGAGUAUCCUAUAGUACAAGAAAAUGUAAAUACAAAUGUAAUGUUUUAAUUUAAAUUGUCAUAUCUCAGGAUUAAAGUAACAUUGAAAAUUCUGUAAGAUUUAUAUUUUUAGCGCAAAUAUAUUCACUAAUACUCGGUUCCUUAUAAAAUAAAAUUAAAAUCAAUCAA